AGGGUGUGUGGCUUAUAUACAUAUUCGCUUCUCUCUAUAUAUAUAUUAUAUACAUACAUAUAUAUGUAUGUAUGUAUGUAUGAAAGCGCCAGCCGUUCCGGGAUUUAUUUUUUGCGGAUAUGUGUUUGGUUAAGGGGGUGCAUUUCUGUUGUUUAAAAGGGAGGAAAAAAAAGGGGCCGGCUGGUUUGUUCUGGGGUCCCUCGUGGAAUCCAAGCCCCUCAUGGGUGCUAUUUUGCAAUCUCAGGCUCCUGCUAUUGGUCAGUCCAUGAUCAGAUGGUUCUAUUUCCUUGUGUCCCUUCACUGGCACCCAGCCAUCCCCCUUCAGCUAAAACCCAAUCUCCGAUAUACUACUAAUAGCUAAACCACUUGGACUAUAAAACACAACAAAUCAUAACGCCAGGGAAGGACGGCUGCCUCCUCCCAAUGAGUUCUUAUUUUGUCAACUCUACCUUCCCGGUGAGCCUGGCCGCUGGGCAGGAGCCCUUCUUGGGACAGAUCCCGUUAUAUUCCUCAGGAUAUGCGGAUCCUUUAAGACACUACCCCGCUACCUAUGGAGCUACUGGAGUCCAGGAGAAGGGCUAUCCCUCCUCUUCUUAUUACCAGCAAGCUAACGGAGCUUACAGCCGGACCACAGCCUGUGACUAUGGGACAGCUGGUUUUUACAGGGAGAAGGACCCUGCCUGUGCCAUCUCCAGCCUGGAGGACCAGGGGCAGUUUGGCCAGGAUCAGCGGAAGUCAGACUGCGCUCAGAGCAAAAAUGUGUUCGGGGAGAGUGAGGAACAGAAGUGCUCCACGCCAGUCUACCCCUGGAUGCAGAGGAUGAACUCCUGCAACAGUUCAUCCUUCGGGCCCAGCGGCAGAAGAGGCCGGCAGACCUACACCCGCUACCAGACCCUGGAGCUGGAGAAGGAGUUUCACUUCAACCGCUACUUGACCAGGCGCCGCCGGAUCGAAAUCGCACACGCACUUUGCCUGACAGAACGACAGAUCAAAAUCUGGUUCCAGAACCGGAGGAUGAAAUGGAAAAAAGAGAACAAACUGCUCAACUCUUCGCAGCUGAGCGCGGAGGAGGAGGAGGAGAAAGCGACGGAGUGAAAAGAGAAAACCCUACUGAAGGAACGAGUACUACCUAAAAGAAUGCAAAAGCAACAACAAAAAAAAAGUUCUAUUUUAUUAAUUUUUUGUACGUGUUGUGUUUGUAGUUUGUCUUAGGUAUGUACAUGGAAUAUUCUAAUAAAAACAAAUAUUCAAUCUCA